ACUGCAGUGCAAGUGGUGAAGCGAACAGCUCUCAUUGCUCAUAAUUUUCUUCUUUUUCAGUAUUUAAGUUUACAACAUUCUUCCCGCGUGUGGUAGGUGAACCUCUUUCACACUAAAGCUUCCGAAGAUACAAUUAAAACUGGGUUUUGAGGAUGUCGAGCAAGAAAUCAAAGAAGAAGAAACACAAAAAGGAGGAAAGAAUCUCAUCAAUCUCUUCACAUGAGGAUGAGAAGAAGGAGAGAGAUGCAAAGAGAUUCAGCAACCCAAAAAGAAAACACAAACAUCAUCAUCGGCAUGUAAGUUCUGACCAAGACAAAGCUAAAGAGAUGAGGGCCAAGUACUCAACAUCACCAAGAGGAUUUGAAGGAAGAUUCAAGAAAACAGAAGUUAGUGACAGCAAGAGCAGGGAAGAAAGAUCCAGAGAGAGCCAAGCUACAGAGAAUUUCAGGCCAGUUUUCAAGUCAACUGUCACACAUGAGAAAGAACAACUAAAUCCCAAAAGGAAGCAUGAAAACCUAAGUCCAAAUAUCUCAGGUAGCAGCUCCACCAGGCAUGCUGCAACAAACCAGCCUUCUUCCAAAGAGUUGGAGAAAAAGAGACGGGAGCUGGUGUCGAGGAGAUCCACAGCAGAGUGUCCCAGGCGGAUACCUGCAAAGGAUGAAUAUCCACCGGAGAAACUCCAGGAGAAGAGGAGGAAGCUCAUGAAAAGGCCGUUGUCGCCAGAGCUUCAUGCUGAACCCAAACGAAGAGACAUUAAAUACAUGACCAAUGCUGCACAUGCAGAAUCUCAUUCUGAAGUUCAAAAGGAAAUGAGGAAGACGUUGAUGGCCACGAGGUGCAAGAAGAUCAACCCUAAUGUUGAUACACAGAGAUCUCAUAACAAACCCAAAGAAGCUUUGCCAGUAGUGAAACAUGAAGACUCUGGAUCUAAACUGAAAUCACAAGAAGAUGUUUCACCCAAGAAGCCAGAGCAUGUACAGUUGGGUAAUGAACCUGGUGUAAACUUAGGAGAAAAAAGGACAUCCCUUGGUGGUCCCACAGCAAAAGUCAGUUUCAAGAUCCCAAAGAAAGCCAGUGCCGUUAAAGCGUGGACAAACACGAAUGUGUGUAAUGUGAAUUCUUCAGAAGGCAGGACUCAAAGUACCACUCAGCCUUCUUUCCCUGGUUCUACUCCUUCUAAACACACAUAUCUCAUCACACAGCAGCAAGGACAAAGGCCUCAAAAGGUUUCUGCUCAAACCUCUCAUAAACCCACUUCUCUUAGCUCAUCACAUCUUUCAUCUGUAUCUCACCAAGUCCAGGAGGCACAUACUGACAAAACAAGAGAGGUCACAACGCCGAACAAUACAUCCUGCAACGUCCAACAUGUAACUCCUCAGGAAGCCGCAGAGACCCUUGACUGCGACCAUGAGAUGGAGCUGGUGGAGGAGCUUCACCUGGCACGCUCUGAGAGACGACUGGAGGUGAAGUUGGUGGAGAACUGUGGAGAGCUCACCUGCAUGGACAUUGACCCUCCAGAAGAGGGUGCUGGCACAAUGCUAAAAAAUCAACAUAAACAGGGACUGCUUAUUGUUCUGGAUACCAAUGUGCUGCUCAGCCACCUGGACUUUGUGAAGAAGAUUAGGACACACGGUCUCGGUGGGCUGGGGUUCCCCACUUUGCUGAUCCCAUGGGUUGUCCUGCAGGAGUUGGACUAUCUAAAGAGUGGUAAACUCUCCAGCAAGGUGGAAGACAAAGCCAGACCUGCUGUCCAUUACAUUUAUAGCUGCCUAAAAUGCCAGGAGCCCAGACUUGUGGGCCAGUCAAUGCAGCAGGCCUCCCAAGCUGUUGGUGGGCCUGGUGUUGUAAAUAAUGAUGACAGAGUGCUACAGUGUUGUCUGCAGUACCAGGCUCUGUACCCAGAGGGAGCUGUAGUUCUUUGCACCAAUGAUAAGAACCUAUGCAGCAAGGCUCUACUCAGUGGGGUGAAGGCCCUAAGUAAGGCAGACUUGGUAAAAGAGGUGGAGGGAACCAGAUCUACGAUUAUAAACUACAUUCAUGCUUUGCCCACUGUGCCGCCUUCAGCUCGACCUUUAGAGAAAGCAGAGGAGGAAGGAUCACAAAAUAAUAGACACAGCGAUGCAGCGGAGGAAAGACAGUUGAGUGAGUGUGUGUCUUUGCUGGAGUCCUGCCUCCAGGGGGCGCUGUCUGAAGUGCUUGAGGAAGAGAUGAAGGCAGCUUAUGGAGAACUGUGGACUGAGAUAGUGUACGUGAAGCCUCCGUGGAAUCUGGAGGGGCUGCUCAAGUGUUUUAAGAAGCACUGGAUCGCUGUGUUUGGAAGCAUUAUUAAGAGGAGCCUGCUCAGCUGUGUGGAGAUGCUGAGUGACUGUCUCUGUUCAGACAGGUCCAUAGAGCACAUAUCUUUUCUCAGUGCUCUGAGAUUGGCUGCAGAGCUUCUGUCAGCACUGGCUAGCAGAUCUCAGUACAACGGUCAUGUAGCUCAAGCUCUCUCUACCAUUCAUAUGCUACAGCAAAGACUACAGUCUCCGAAAGCUCCAGUAGAGGGUAAUGACACUGAUAAAGAGGACUCUCUGAUGGCAGAGAUAGAGGAGGAUGUAGCUCCGCCUCCUCGGACAUCCCAUCAGGAAGUUUGGGCGUUAUUUGAGAGCAUCUGGAACAAUGUGUGUCAGAUUAGUUCAUCUUUGUUCUCAGCGCUCAACUACACUCCAGGAGCCACUGAGCCCAGACAGCGAUCUACCUCACCCCCACCUCAGGAAGCUCUCUCCUGCCUGCAGAGGCUCUCCACAGCACUGAAACAGCUAUUGGAGGCUCUUCAGAGGCUGUUAUCUGCGGGAAGCAGUGUUCAAGAUGCACAGUCACUUCUCUCCUUCAUUCAGACCAGUGAGAUUGCUGCUACGGAGCCACGUUUCACUGCCACGGAGCUGUUUAACUGUGUGUCGCAACAGGAAUACCGGUUAGUUAAGAGUCAUAAGAUAGAUGAGAAUCAUUCGUUUAUCUGUAAGUCAUACUCGCAUACUUUUGCUUUUAUUAUCCUGGCUACGUGCAUAGAGCAGUUUGGUCACUUUCAGCAGAAAGGCAUUUCAGCUGGAACAUAGUAUGCUGUUCUCAGGUCAUUGCUCAAUUCAGCAGGCCUCCGCAGAUGUCUACUGUAUCCGAGAACUAGUUUCCACUUUUAAGAGUGUUAUUGCAUACAUAUCUUACCCGAACCUCAGAAGACAGUUCUGGUUUGAAUGGCAAAGUGAAUCAUGACCUGUUCAUUGUUCAUUGUGUACAGAUAGUUCUCUGACAUUGCGCAGCAUUCUGUGUCAUAACUCUCACUAAUGUGGCACCUGUGUAAUAACAGGUUGUGCUGAAAACUGUCCUCUUGUGCACUCGAAAUCACACUUUAAUACUGAGGAAGUCAUUAAUGAUACAUAGAGUGCAUUUAAUGAUACACCGCUUUCCCUUAAGUCGUUAGCCAUUUAUACAAAAUUCUGGUUAAGAUAUUUCGCAACUUAUUCCCAGCAGUGUACAAACGUGUGUGUGAAACUUCUUGUAACUGGAAACUAGAACAUAAGCAUGCUUUAUCUUGCCUCAAAGAUUUUCAUAUGGCCAGUGUGAUGAUUUUGAUGAUGAUUUGAUGAAUGUAAGGCUACAGAAGAAUGCUAAUUAUUCAGUGUACAAAGACUCUAAUGUGAUUGCAGUCGUAAAUAUUAAGAUUCGCACUGAUUUGGUUUCAUGCCAUUUUCCUAUAGAAUAGUGGGGGCUAAGUAGUCUGAAAGUCAGAAAAGUUAAAUUACUUGA